ACAAAUUACCUUCAGGGCCUAAACAAUAUUACAAAUUCCAAAUAAAACAAAGCUUCAAGCAGCAUAAAACUGAAAGUGAUCCUGAAAGGAUACGUGAAAUUAUCAGAAGAUCUUAUGAAGACGCCGAGUGGGUUAUAAAAAAGUAUUUUCCAGAAAAGAGCUAAAAUGUUCCAAGUUCCACUGGCAACCAGUGCUUCAGUUUUAUCUAGAGAUGAGUUCUGGAAAUCACUAUUAAUAUAUCAUAAUCGACCACAUAUUAUAAAUAGAAAAAUAGCUGUUGCAGACCAAAUAUUAUUUCAUAAAAUUGAUUUCAAUUGUCAGAACACUUUCAACAUAACAGAUGUACUAACCCCCCAUGCUUUGAAAUAUGAAGUGCAAAGAUUAGAAAAAGUAGAUAGAGAAAAUAUUGGCCAGAAUUUUUUAUUGAAUUUAUUGGAUACUUAUGAUAAAAAUGUCAAAUUAUAUGAAGAAAAUAUUGAUACUCUGUAUACAUCAAAUAGUGGUCUAUACAUCUCUGUUAGAAUCAUUUUACCAAGAAUUAACAAAUGUAGUAAAUGUGUUGAACUGAUAGUACUUGAUAGAGACAACAACUGGGCAACUUUCUUCUCUGCAUGUGUCGAAGAAGAGAAACUGAAUCCUUUGCCAUUGUUUCCAUAUCGAAUAGAAUUGACAAGAGAGAACUUCAUGAGAAUUGUGUUGAACAAUUUCGAAGAUGCUGAUACAAGUUGUGCUGAAUGGAUGUUUAAUUUUUUGUUCAAAAAAUUGAUAAACUGGACUGAACUUGCUGAAGAAGAGAAUGUCAUUCAAUCCUUGAUGAGAAUACCUAAGGAGAAGUAUUGUCAUUGUUACAACAAUUUGAAACAAAUAUAUGGAGAGUCUUUGAGAAAGGUUUGGUGGGAAAAAACAAAGACAGAUCCACAAAAAUUCAUUUAUGAGGAUAUUGCCAUUGCAUCCUACCUGAUUUGUUUAUGGCUUGAGGAAUAUAAAGGUGAAGCUAGGAAUUUUGUGAACUUUGUUGACUGUGGUUGUGGAAAUGGUUUACUUGUAUAUAUUUUAAACAAAGAAGGUUUUAAGGGCCAUGGAAUUGAUCUAAGGAAAAGGAGAGUUUGGGAUUUGUUUUCAGAUAGUGCAGAUCUAAAGGUUGGAAUUGUUGAUUCUAAUUCCAAAUUCCCAAAUGCAACAUGGUUGAUUGGCAAUCAUUCUGAUGAAUUAACCCCCUGGUUACCAGUAAUUGCAUCCAAAAGUUCUCCUAUAACAAACUAUUUUGUCUUGCCUUGUUGCCCAUUUGAUUUUUGUGGAAAGAGAUAUAUUAGGAAAAACUCAAACAUAAGUCAAUAUGCAGAUUACUUGCAGUAUAUAAAUAGUAUAUCAGAAAUUUGUAAAUUCACAACUUGGUUUGAUAAAUUGAGAAUACCAUCUACAAAAAGGAUCUGCUUGGUUGGUUUGAGAAAAAAUGACGGUUCAGAGAUAACUUCCGAUAUCUUUGAAAAUAUAGAUAGCCUUUUGAAAUCAAAAUUUGCCUCAAGUAACAUUAAUUUUGAAGCUAGGCCAUCAAUAGAGAAAGUAAGGAAUUGUACUCAGAUUGAUCAGAAUGUAAAGCAGAAAAUAAUUGAAGAAAUUUGUAAUUGUUUACUGCUUAGGGAAAGGUUCAUCAUCAGAGAUAAUGGUACAAAGUGGAAUAUAGGAGGUUCAAUUCCUUUGAGUGAAUUGUCCAAAUUACUAACAAGGGAUUAUAUGAAUCAUCUUAAGAAUGAAUUUGGUGGAUUGCAGACUUUACUGAGAAAUCAUCGUUAUAUAUUUAAACUUGAAGAAGCCGCUGUUUCCUUAAGGGAGCCCUAUACACUUGUAGAUACUUCAAAAUACAAACAGAAACCUUGUUGGUAUUACAAAUUUCAUCCUGAUGGUUGUUUGUAUAGUGAUGAGAUAUGUGGGUAUUCUCAUGUUGAAUAAAGAAGCAUCCAAACUUU